CAUCCUCCCCCCUCCUCAUCCGCCUCAAUGCCUUCUCCCGCCCUCCUCACCCUCGCCUGUGCCCUGAGCAUCGCGACUGGGGCCUCUGCCUACUCCUAUGGCGCCGGGAACCCCCAGGCCUCCCAGGAGAAGCAGUUCUCCCAGGAGUUCCGCGAUAGCUACAGCAUCCUGAAGCACUACGGCGGCAAUGGCCCCUACUCCGAGCGUCAGUCCUACGGUGUCGCUCGCGAUCCCCCCACCGGCUGCGAGGUCGACCAGGUCAUCGCCAUCAAGCGCCACGGCGAGCGUUACCCUUCCCCCUCCGCCGGCGAGGGCAUCGAGAGCGCCCUGGCCAAGGUCUACAAGGCCAACUCCACCGUCUACAAGGGCGACCUGGCCUUCCUGAACGACUGGACCUACUACGUCCCCGACGCGUGCUACUACAACGCCGAGACCUUCAGCGGCCCUUACGCCGGUCUACUGGACGGCUACGCCAUGGGUAACGAGUACCGUGCCCGCUACGGCCACCUCUGGGACGGCGAGUCCGUCGUGCCUCUGUUCUCCAGUGGCUACAGCCGUGUCAUCAACACCGCGCGCAAGUUCGGUGAGGGCUUCUUCGGAUACAACUACUCCACCAACGCGGCCCUGAACAUCAUCACCGAGUCGGAGACCCAGGGUGCCGACAGUCUGACCCCCAGCUGCGAUGUCGACAACGACCAGACGACCUGCAACGCCCUGACCAACAUCAUGCCCGAGUUCAAGGUGGCCGCUGCUCGUUUGAACUCCCAGAACCCUGGCAUGAACCUCACCGCCAGCGAUAUCUACAACCUGAUGGUGAUGGCCUCCUACGAGCUCAACGCCCGCCCCUUUUCCCACUGGAUCAACGCCUUCACCCAGGACGAAUGGGUCAGCUUUGGCUAUGUCGAGGACCUGAACUACUACUACUGCGCGGGUCCCGGUGACAAGAACAUGGCCGCUGUCGGCGCCGUCUACGCCAACGCCAGUCUGACUCUCCUGAACCAGGGUCCGGAGGAAGCCGGCUCUAUUUUCUUCAACUUCGCCCACGACACGAACAUCACCCCCAUCCUCGCCGCCCUGGGCAUCCUCAUCCCCGACGAAGACCUCCCCCUCGACCGCAUCCCCUUCGGCAACCCCUACUCGACCGGCAACAUCGUCCCCCAGGGCGGCCACUUCGUGAUCGAGCGCCUCAGCUGCAAGGCGACCCCCAUCUCCAAGGCGGGCCCCUACGUCCGCCUGGUGCUGAACGAGGGCGUCGUGCCCUUCAACGACUGCACGGACGGGCCCGGCUACUCGUGCUCCCUGGCCAACUACACCUCCAUCCUGAACAAGAACCUGCCCGACUACACCAGCACCUGCGACGUGCCGGCGUCGUACCCCCAGUACCUCAGCUUCUGGUGGGACUACAACACCACCACCACCCUGAACUACCCCUCCGGGCCGAUUAAGUGCCAGGAGGGUGACGCUUCCGAUUAAACGAUUGAUGAGAUGAGAUGAGAGGAGAUGUUAUGCUGCUCGGGUAAUGUAUAGCCGGAAAGAAUAGUCAUGUCUAAUGAGAGGAAAGGGGGUAAAAUGUGGAUGGCCCGAUAAUCAUGAUGUUUGUAUCGCUGUGGAGGGGUGUAUAUAAUGGUAAUAGUGAU